AUGAGGGAUCCCACCAUCAACAUGGAGCAAGACAUUGCAGCGAAGCCACAGGCGACAAGCCUUCAAGCUGAACCACGCAAGAAUCAAAAGUCCGUCCGUGUCGCUUUCGGUCCGGAUUUGGACACUUAUAUUCCUCCGCGCGAUAAGUCACCCGCGCCUUCCUCAGGCCACCACAGAUCUUACACCACUGUUGAACAUUCGCAACCAUCUAUAUCGUCGCUUCACCGUCCAGCCAGUUCAUCAGCAGGAGAUAAUGCGGCAGUCUUCGAGCCGAGUCCUCGGUUGACGUCAGAUCGAGCUUCAGACUCGAACGGAAGACCAACAGCAGCUCUGAAAAGGGCUCGAAGUGACUAUGGGCCGAGAUUGGGAUUCGACAAGUCCGCUGUUGCCGAUGAGGAAGAAGACUUUGCCAUGCGACAUGGGUGGCAGGAGGAGUAUACCUCGAGCGAGUACCUUAAGGUUCUACACUCGAACUUUUAUAUGUACUUCACAGAGAAGCGGCACGAUACGAACGGCAUCCCAAGAGACCCAGUUGGAAGCUGGCCCAGUCAGGAUUGGCGCAUGAAGGAUCGUUUGAAGACAGUUUCGGCUGCCCUCGCCAUCUGCUUGAACAUCGGUGUCGAUCCUCCUGACGUGGUGAAGACGAACCCAUCAGCCAAGCUGGAAUGCUGGGUGGAUCCUACAUCGACCACGGGCGGCGGCCAGAACAAGAUAAUGGAGCAGAUUGGAAAGAAGCUGCAGGAGCAGUACGAAACUCUCAGCUUAAGAACUAGAUACAAGCAGUAUCUUGAUCCUUCAGUUGAUGAGACGAAAAAGUUCUGCAUUUCUCUGCGCCGUAACGCUAAGGAUGAGAGAGUUCUCUUUCACUACAACGGUCACGGUGUUCCGUUGCCUACACAAUCGGGAGAAAUCUGGGUGUUUAACAAGAACUAUACCCAGUACAUUCCAGUUAGUUUGUAUGAUUUGCAAUCCUGGCUCGCUGGUCCCAGCCUCUUCGUUUUUGAUGUUUCCCACGCCGGGAACAUCGUGCAGAAUUUCCACACUUUUGUGGAGAAGCACGAAAAGGAGAACCUUGAAGCCAAAAAGCGUGACCCGAACGCCGUGGUUCAGAACUAUGGGGAUUGCAUCCUUCUGGCAGCUUGUCAGAAGAACGAGUCACUACCUACCAAUCCCGAUCUUCCCGCAGACCUUUUCACCUGCUGCCUGACCACACCCAUAGAAAUAGCGCUGCGCUACUUCAUUCUCCAGAAUCCCCUCCAGACGAAUCUCUCAAUUGACGAAUUCAGAGUCCCUGGUCGUUUGCAGGACCGCAGAAGCCCUCUCGGCGAGUUGAACUGGAUCUUCACCGCAAUCACUGACACCAUUGCAUGGAACACAUUGCCACGGGCAUUGUUCAAGAAGCUUUUCCGGCAAGAUUUGAUGGUGGCUGCACUUUUCAGGAAUUUUCUUCUCAGCGAGCGCAUCAUGCGCACGUACAAGUGUCACCCGAUAUCCUCACCCGAACUCCCAGAGACUCAUCAUCAUCCGCUUUGGAAAAGCUGGGAUCUGGCUGUUGAGAUGGUGCUAUCUCAGCUACCAGCUCUCAUUGACCAUGAAGAGGGCCGCAGACAAUACGAGUACCAACAUUCCACCUUUUUCGCGGAGCAACUCACUGCUUUUGAAGUCUACCUCUCAUCCGGCCCAACCGAGAAGAACCCGCCGGAUCAACUCCCUAUCGUUCUGCAAGUUCUACUUAGCCAGGCACAUCGACUAAGGGCCCUCAUCCUCUUGAGUAAGUUUCUCGACUUGGGACCGUGGGCUGUUCAUCUCGCUUUGAGCAUCGGUAUCUUCCCGUAUGUCGUCAAACUGCUACAGUCAGCAGCCCAAGAGCUGAAACCUGUCAUGGUAUUCAUUUGGGCGCGGAUUAUGGCAGUGGAUCACACUGUUCAGAACGAUCUGUUGAAGGACAAUGGGAUCCAUUAUUUCAUCUCUAUCCUUAACCCUUCGUCACCCAUUCCUGUGGGUAACGCGAGUGAGCAUCGAGCAAUGUGUGCUUUCAUUGUUUCGAUAUUUUGUAAGAAUUAUCCUCAGGGACAGAAUGUGUGCCUUUCUGGCGAGCUUUUUGACUCUUGUCUGAAGCAUUUGACUGAUGUGGAAAAUCCUUUACUCCGACAAUGGUCAUGUCUCUGCAUCAGCAUGCUCUGGUCCGACUUUCCCGAAGCCAAGUGGAUGGGAAUCCGGUGUGCUGCACCCGCAAGACUCUGUGAGCUCAAUUUUGACCCCGUUCCGGAGGUCAGGGCAGCGAUGCUCCAUGCAGCGACCACAUUCUUAGGCAUCCCUGAUUUGACCGAUCAGGUGGCGCAGAUUGAAGAAUCCCUGGCUUUGGCUGUGCUGCCCAUGGCAUCAGACGGUAGUGUCCUGGUGAGAAAGGAGCUCCUUGUCUUCUUCUCGACCUUUGUCAAACGCUACCAGAACAAAUUCCUGGUCGCCGCAUAUGAAGAGUUCCAGGACGAGAAGCAAACCCUUCUCCUUCGGUUAGAGCACGACGGCUCUCGAGGGUUCACGUUGGAAGAUGUGCAGAAUGGAGCUGCCAACUCAAGUAACAAAUCACAGAAAUUGUCGCAGAGUACCACGUUUGGCACGAUCUGGAAACAACUUCUUAUACUCUCUGUUGACCCACAUCCUGAUAUUGCGCAAGACGCUAGCACGAUUAUUGACUACAUCCACCUCACCCUUCUAGCGUCUCCCAUGGCGUCGCUUACUGACAAGGCCCGAAAGGAAAUCAUGGAACUCACUAGCCGGUUGUCACAGAAAUUACAAGUUCGCGAAAGAGCGGAAUCGAAAAAGGCCGCGCCUCCACCAGCUCCUCCUUCCCAGACGGCUGCUCCCAAACAGGAAGGAUACUUGUCAUUGAGCAUCAAAAGAACAGCCAGUGUGGCCGCUUCACUCAAGAACCUUGCUUUCGGUGGACCCUCCCAGACUGAGCAACAAUCAUCGCAGAGCGUAACAUCGCCCACAAAGAGCCGCACGCCCGUCACCCCUCGAGGACGUGCUCCCCCCGAAUGGACCCGGCCUCCGGAAGUCAACGACCAGGUUGCUUCCGCGGCAGCUUAUCACCAGGCUCCAAUUCCUACCUCGCGCGGUUUCGAACCCCGAGACCCAUCUCUGGCCCCCAUGAUACCCCUUCUGAGUCGGUUUCUUGAUUGGUCCACAGAGUAUUUCCGUGAGCCCCAGAUGAAGCCCAAUGAGCCCGACGAACCUGGUAGCGCCGACUACAACGAGCGCCUCUGGAGACGUAGCCGCAACGAGAAGAUCAUCACGGAAACCCAGCCCCUCAAGGGAAAAGCAGGCAGCAGUCGCUGGGAUAACUCUUUGGCCCUGCUUACUAAUACCAGUCAGCCCCUGAAGAUGUGUUUCCAUCAAUUUGAGGAUCACCUCGCAGUUGCGGAUGACCGGGACACGAUCGCAAUCUGGGACUGGCAGAGACACAAGCGUCUCAAUAGGUUUUCCAACGGGAACCCGCCGGGCUCGAGGAUCAACGAAGUUCGUUACAUUAACGAGGACGAUCAAGCGUUGCUGAUGACCGGAUCCUCCGACGGGGUACUCAAGGUAUUCAGAAAUUACGAGUCCCCGAAAGAGGUGGAGAUAGUGACAGCUUUCCGUGCUUUGCCGGAACUAAUUCCAAGCAAUAGAAAUGCUGGUCUGGUUUUCGAUUGGCAGCAAGGCCAAGGCAAAGCACUGGUUGCUGGGGAUGUGAAGGUGAUCCGUGUGUGGAACGCGGCCACUGAAGUCUGCACCAACGACAUCCCUGCUCGCUCAGGGUCUUGCAUUACCUCCCUUACUUCCGACCAGGUGGCAGGGAACAUCUUUGUGGCCGGAUUCGGCGACGGUGCAGUCCGCGUGUUUGAUCAGCGUCUAAAACCUACGACCUCGAUGGUGAAGGUUUGGCGUGAGCACAAGCAAUGGAUCGCCAAUGUCCACAUGCAACGGGGUGGAUUGAGGGAGCUCGUGUCCGGUAGUCGAAAUGGCGAGAUUAGAUUGUGGGAUCUUCGCAUGGAUGACCCUAUCUCAACAAUCUAUGCCACUAAAGAUACCCUCAGGACGUUGAGUGUUCACGAGCACGCUCCCGUAUUUAUGGUCGGCACGAAUCGCCAUGAGGUCAAGACAUUCAACAUGGAUGGAACAUAUCUGUCCACGUUCGAACCAUACUCAAGCUUCCUGCACCACAACCGCUCUUCCCCAAUUGCCAGCACUGCCUUCCACCCACAUCGUACCAUUCUUGCCUGCGCCGCGCUUAAUGAUAACCACAUCAACCUUGUGAGUUGCUAG